UAUGGGGUCCCUAUGGGUCUCUAUGGGGUCCCUAUGGGUCUCUAUGGGUCCCUAUGGGGCACACGGUGGGUGUGUCCCCCAUUAAGCCCCGCCCCCAACCCCGCCCCAUCUGCCCCCCUUCAGCUCGACUUCCACCGCGGCCUCUCAUUGGACGGCGCCGGCACGUGGGCGGGGCCAGGAGGAGGAGGAGGCGGAGCCACGGGAGCGGUGGGCGGGACUUCCGGCGGGCCGGCGGUGGGCGGAUCCUCUCAGGGGGCGUGUCCCCGCGGAUCGGGGGCGGGGCUUCGCGAGGGGGCGGGGCUUCGGGCGGAACGGGAACGGGCAUUGGCUCGCCGGGAGCGGGCGCGGGGGGAACGCGAAUGGGAUCGCGACAAAGGGGCGGGGCCAGCGCCUAGCCCCGCCCCCGCCCAGCCUGGCCACGCCCCUUCGCCCGGAGGCUCCGCCCCCGCGUCCGGAGGAAGCUCCGCCCACCGGGAUUCCAGGCCACGCCCCUCCAGGGGAGGGGGAGGGGGAGAGAGGGGGCGGCCCAGGGAGCAGCGCCCCGAAAAGAGAGAAAAAGCCCCAGAAGAGCCUCCUGCAAAACUAUUGGACGACCUCUUCCGGAAGACCAAGGCGGCGCCGUGCAUCUAUUGGCUGCCGCUGACCGACAGCCAGUUCUCCCAGAAGCAGGCGGAACGCCAGGCCAGAGCCCGGGAAAGGGAACGGCGCCGGAAGGAACAGGAAGAGGCGGAGCUUCGAGCCCGGAGUGGGCGUGGUCACGACAAAAGGGGCGGAGCUUCGAGUCGGGACCGCCCAUCCGGAGGCGGAGCCACUCAAACGUCGGCCAAUCAGAGCUCGACCCCAGGCCCCGCCCCCAGGUCCAAGAGGCGGAGCCGCAGCCGCAGCACUCCCUUAAGGGACCGGGGGGGGCGGCGCUGAACCCAAAAUCGGGGGGUUUUCACCCAAAAAUUUGGGGGGCCGCCCGCGGAUUGGGGCCGUUUGGGGUCUGAGCCCCUCAGGUUUGGGGUUUUGGGGUCAAAAAACCCGUUUCUUUGAGCCCAAAUCCAGGCAGUUUGACCCAAAAUGUGGGGGUUUAGACCUCAAAAUCAACAGUUUUACCCAAAAUCGGGGGGUUUUCACCCAAAAUUUGGGGGGUCUGCCCUCAUUUUGGGGCCUUUUGGGGUCUGAGCCCCUCAGGUUUGGGGUUUUGGGGUCAAAAAACCCAUUUUUUUGAGCCCAAAUCCAGGCAUUUCAACCCAAAAUUGGGGGCUGAGACACAAAAAACAGAGGUUUUGACCCAAAUCUGGGGGUUUGGAGCCCAAAAUUGGGGUUUUUCAUCCCAAAAUCUGGGGGGUCUACCCUCGUUUUGGGGCCGUUUGGGGUCUGAGCCCCUCAGGUUUGGGGUUUUGGGAUCAAAAAAUGGAUGUUUUUGACUCCAGAACAGCAGAUUUCGACACAAAAUUGGGGGCUGAGACACAAAAUCGGAGCUUUUGACCCAAAUCUGGAGGUUUUGAGCCCAAACUUGGGGUUUUUCACCCAAAAUUUGGGGCGUCUACCCUCAUUUUGGGUCCGUCUGGGGUCUGAGCCCCUCAGGUUUGGGGUUUUGGGGUCAAAAAAUGGAUUUUUUGAGCCCAAAUCCAGGCAUUUUGACCCCAAAUCUGGGGGCUGAGACACAAAAUCGGAGCUUUUGACCCAAAUCUGGAGGUUUUGAGCCCAAACUUGGGGUUUUUCACCCAAAAUUUGGGGCGUCUACCCUCAUUUUGGGGCCGUUUGGGGUCUGAGCCCCUCAGGUUUGGGGCUUGGAGGUAAAAAAAAAGUCGAUUUUUUUGACCCAAAAUCAAGGGAUUUCAACCCAAAAUCGGGGGAUUAGGAGACAAAAAUUGAGGGUUUUACCCCAAAUUUGAAGUUUUUACCCCAAAUUUGGGGUUUUUGUCCCAAACUCUGGGGUCCCACCCCGGGUUUGGGGUCUGAGCCUCUCAGAUUUGGGGUUUUGGGGUCAAAAAAGCUGAUUUUUUGGACCCCAAAAUCCAGGCAUUUCAACCCAAAAUUGAGGGUUUAGACGUCAAAAUUGAAGUUUUUACCCAAAAUCGGGGGUUUUUCACCCAAAAAUUGUGGGUUCCCAACCCGGAUUUGGGACCAUUUGGGUCAGAACCCCUCAGAUUUGGGAUUUUGGGGUAAGAAAACCCAUUUUUUAACAAAAAAUCGGGAGAUUUAUUGCUAAAAUCUGGGAUUUUACACCCAAAAUUUGAACAUUUAGACCCAAAAUUCCAUAUUAUUCUUUUUAACCAAAAUGUGGAAUUUUGCACUCAGAAUUCGACAGUUCCGACCCCAGAUUUGGGGAUUUCGCCCCCAAAUUCGGUGCUUUUGCCCCCAAAUUUGGCUGUGAGCCCCAAAUUUGGAAAUUCCGCCCCCAAAAUUGCAGUUUUUUGGCCCAAAACAGCGGCGCUUCCCCCCAAAAAUCCGAGACUUCAAAGCCCCAAUUUUGGGCUUUCCGCCCCCAAAAUCUGCUGUUUUAAACCCAAAACUUGGCUGCCGACCCCAAAACUGGAGCGUUUGGACCCAAAAUUGGGGA